AUGCCAAAGCCGGAACUCGAAUUCAAGCCUACUCAUCAGUUCCCAUGGGACAGGAAGCAAGGCUUCGCACAACAGAUCCUAGCGCACGAUUUUGAGACCGGUGACAUUACCAAGAUUGUCUCGCGAGAUCCAGGUCACGAACAGUUCGGUCCUGCACAGGUUCAUGAGGACUUCUGGGAAGAGGUUUAUAUCCUUUCUGGGUCCAUUUACGACAAAGCGUUGAAGCAAUGGUUCACUGCCGGUUCAUAUUGCUGUCGACCGCCUGGAAUGGUUCACGGUCCAUACACUUCAUGCCCCAAUGAGGGUGUGAAAAUGCUCGUCAAUGUGCGAUAUGUACGUAAAUCAGAUCUACCUGAAAACUCUUGA